AUGUCUAUCUAUACUGAAACACUGUACAAAAACAGCACGACCAAUAUUCCUGAAUUUGUCAUUGAAGGAUUCACAGGAAUUCCUGCUAAGUAUUAUGGAUUGGUAGGAACCUUUUUCUUCUUCAUUUAUCUGAUGCUGGCAUCUGGGAACGUUUUCAUCCUUGUAUUUGUGGCAUGUGAAAAAAGUCUUCAGAAGCCAACGUAUAUCAUCUUCUGUAAUCUUGCAAUAUCAGAUCUUGGAUUUGGAACUACAACUCUGCCAGGAAUCAUUGCUAAGUACUGGAUGUCAGAGAUCAUUUCAUUCAAUGGUUGUUUUACACAAAUGUAUUUUGUCCAUUAUUUUGGGACUUGCACCUCAUUUCUUAUGGCAUUAAUGGCCCUUGAUCGAUUUGUUGCCAUAUGUAACCCAUUGAGAUAUCCAGUUCUGAUUACACACACCACUAUUGUGAUUCUUUGUUCAGUGCUUUGGAUAGGAAACCUCCUCAUUCUUGGUGCAAUUACUGCAUAUACCCUUAGUGUGCCUUACUGUGGCCCAAAUAUUAUACGUCACUGCUACUGUGACAGUGUUUCAAUAAGAAAUCUAGCAUGUGCAGACAUAACAGCCAUACAAGACACUACUUUUGCCAUUGCUAUGACUGUACUGUGGGGUCCUUUAUUUUAUAUCAUAUUUUCUUAUGUGGCCAUCAUUAUUUCAGUCAUGAAAAUCUCAAAUAAAGAUGGACGCUAUAAAGCCUUUUUAACAUGUACUCCACAGCUAUUUAUCAUCUGCCUGUACUAUCUCCCCAGAAGUUUUGUGUAUAUUGCACGUAAUGUUGGAUUUCGUUUUGAAACAAACCUCUAUAUUGCAAUGGUAAUGACGUACAGUCUUUUCCCUGCCCUCAUUAAUCCACUCAUCUACUGCUUUAGGACCAAAGAAAUUAAGGACACAUUAAUGAAAAAAUUAAAGCAAAGACAGGUGAGGGUAAAUAGAAAAAGUAUUUUAACCUAAAGAAAAUUAUAUCUUAUCCAAUUUGUUUUCAAUUGUAAUUACAUUUAGUAACAUCAGUAACAUUUUAAAAUGCAGGAAAACAUGAAUCUGUACCUUCUAUGUCUUAUUAAAUUGAGGUUUAUCAACUAUAACAUGCAAUGUAAUUAGUUGAAAAUGAUUAAUCAGCCAUAAAAAAUGUUCAACCAAAUAAAAACAAAGAUUCUGUAUUAAAUGGAAAUGCAGACUACUGUAAUUUUGUGUAAGAAAGAUAAAAUUGCACAGCCAAAUUAUACAAAACACCAAUGCUUGUACCUUUCUGGCUAUUUCAGUUUAUGCAUUGGUCAUGCAUGAGUCAUGUUAGAGCACUGCUGUCACUUUUUCAAGUAGCUUUUUUUUCCAGGGUUGCAAUGUUUUACAUUUUUAAUUAGCAAAUAUAUAUUGUUUUUAUGGCCUAGAAUACCACCAUGUUCAACUGCAAGAUGGUUGUUUCUUUAAGUAUAUACACUCUAUUCUCUAUUGCAUUACUUUUUAGGGGGCUAAGCAUGUUUUUCUUUCU